CCCGGGAAUGACCUAAUAACUUCUCAUUCACAUAUAAAUAAAGUACAAUAUAUACAGGUCUAUAUAUAUAUAUAUAGUGGUUGUUUGGGAGUAGUUGAUCAAGAUGAUGAAGCCUAAUCAAACUUCCAAUCAAACUUCCACCCCUCUUACACUUCCACAACCACAGGUUAAUGCUGGCAUGAAUCAGCAAAUGUACAAUGCUAAUGUUGUUGCUGGUUUAUUUCCCAAUGGUAAUAAUAUGCCAAAUUUACCUCCAUCGGGCUUCAUGAAUUUCCCUAACUUUCCGUUGCAAAUUGGCCCGAAUGGUAAUUUACAACAGAAUUUUAGUGCUUUUCCUGUAACCACGUUUAAUCCUUCUCAACUACCACCACAACAACAGGGUCAGUUCUUUGCUCAAAGUCCCAUGAAUCCGACUGCUGCACCAUAUAACCAAAAUGUUGGUAAUGAGCAAGCCCUUUUGCAGAGCACAAUCCAAAAUAUAUAUCAGCUUUUACAGUUACAGAACCGCAAUAAUGCCCCCCAAUGUCCUCCCCCUGUGGGUAAUUUUCCCAUGUUACAAAACCCGAUUGGGAACGUUACCAGUCUUCAAAAUCCGGGAUUUAUUGCCAAUCAGCAAUUUGGUAUGUCGAUUCCUAAUCGUCCUGUUAUGGCCCAACAAUUACAAGGGAACCCAUUUCUACCUGGUGCUUCUGGUUUAGCUCAAGCACAGCAGCUGCAGAACUUCCUCGCUACUGCCACAAAUUUUCAGAACCAGAUUUCUCUAGGUGUGGGUCCUCAAAAUCAGAACUUUCCUGCUAAUCAGAUGUUUGGAAUGCCUAAUCUGAAUAGCCCUAUGCAACAUCUUAAUCAAGGACAACAAAGAUUUCCUGCACCAAUGAUGAAUGCUAAUAUUUCAAGACAGAUGGUCAGUACGGGUCAAACGCAUAAUCCUGGUUCUAGUAUUACAAAUAUCGAGAAUAAUAAUGGAAACAUGGCUACCAAUGCUAAUGGUGGACGGCCAGAGGGUCUACACAAAAACUUCACAGGCCAUAAAGGGAAUGAUGCAUCACACAAGGGAUUCAAGUCCCAGUUUCAUCAUACCAAACAUGUGAAAGAGAAGGGUGGGAUUCGCAAUGGCAUUAUGAAUAAAGUGGGUACCAAUGAAGCAGUAGAUUCCGGUCGAAAUUCCACCAGUUUUAAAAAAUUACCCUCUCUGAAUUACACCGAGCAAGAAAUAAAGCAAUGGCGUGAGGCUCGUAAGAAGAAUUUCCCUACAAGUGCAUCUGUGGAGCAGAAGUGCAAGAAAGCGCAGGCAUUGUCGGAUGCGACCAACCAAGAAGCCAUAUUACGUCGCCAACAAUUGCAGGAUAUAUUAUCAAAACAGGCUGAGUUGGGUUGUGAGGUUGCUGAAGUUCCACCAUCUUACUUUUCUGGUUUGGAUAAUCAAAAGCCUAGAGAUAAAAAUCACGAAAGGGAGCCCUACAAAAAGGGAAAGUUCCAAAACAAAAGAGGAAGAUUUAAGGAUAAUCGAACCACCAAAAGAAGAAGGGCAGGAGACCAAGACUCUUUCAAAGCUAAUAAUCGAACCCAUGAACCUAAGCCAAAUGAACCGGAACCAUCGCUUCUGCAGAAGCUUUUGACCCGUGACAUAAAGAGAGACAAAUACCAUCUUUUGCAGGUUUUGAGGUUCAUAGCAGUUAAUUCGUUUUUCAAUGGGGAGGCUGAUAAACCUCUAAGAUUCCCAUCUGUAGUUGUAAGAGAAACAAGUUCUGGUGUGCCAGAUGAGUCUACUUUUCUUUCUAGAUGUAAUGAGAAAUUAGAGGAGAAAGAAUUGGAUGAUGAAGAAGAAGAAGCAGCAGAAGAAGAGGGGGAAAUCACUGAUUGAAAUGCUUUAAGCUUGUGGCAUGUGAUGUAUGUAUGUUUUAGACAUUUUGUUAAACUUCUUUUUGCUUUAAAUGCAACAAUGUUUCCUGGGCUAGUGCUCUCUUUGUUAGGGAAUGAGCGAAAAAUUAUAGUGUUGAUUUGUUGAACGUGUGUAUACUAGGUAGGUAUGUGCUGUUUUUAUCAGCGUUGAUGUUUAUUUUUGUUGUAAAAUAUAUGGUUCUUGGCUUCUUGCCGGUUUUGAAAGAAAGAAGUGCAUUUUUCCUUUUAGGCAAA